AUGUGUAUAAUAUUAAUUUUCUAUUAUGUAUUACUUCAAACGGGUCAUGAUGAACUAAAUACAUCGUUUACAAGAUUCUAUCAAACUCUUAAUAAAACUCAAAUAUUGAAAAUCUUUAUUGCAAAUUUUACUUCUACAGCUACCAAUGGUAAAUAUACUGCUACAAAAUAUCCCAUUUAUAACAAUACUACGAUUACCACUGGUUUUUCAACGACUCUUGAUCCAGCUUUUUUACUUGUUGAAAGGCCUCCACUUCCUUCAAGUAUUAAAAAUAAAACUAUCAGCAGUUCUUUAGCUGUUUUUGUCUUUCAUACAAAACAUCAUGUGCUUGCCAACCUUCAACUAUAUCUCAUCCGACUACUUGCUACAGAUUUAGUCGCAUUGUAUUUGUUUACAGAUGGAAAAGCAUCAAAAGAUAUGCAUAAAGUAGCUAAAGAACACGAUGCUGAAAUUUUUAGCUUUCUACCAGAACAACGUUCAGCAACGGCUGCGCCUUCAGAUAAAAAUGCCAAGAUUGUUAAUUGGGCUGUAUCGACAAAAGCCAAACGUCAUCUUAGCGAAGGUACUGCGAUUCUAUUGCUCGAUGGUGAUGUUUUUCCAUUGAGUCCAUUUGAUUCUCAAACAUUAUUAAACUCUCGAGAUUUAAUGUGCCGAAAACAUCCAGCACUAUUUUCACGAUUUUGUUGGAUUGGAUUUAUUUGUUUAGGCCCACAAUUGUUUAGUACUAUUGAUGAGUUUGAUGUAUCGGCGACUCGUCGUCAAGGUAAAGGUUUUGAUUCUGGUGGUAAAACAAUUGAUUAUUUAUUGAAAUAUGAGAACAUAUCAUUUUCAUGGAUGAAAGAAACAAUUUUACUUAAUACCGACAAAGAUUUAUUUUGGGGCGCGAUUAAUGAAGAUAUUCGAUGGAUUGGAAGUCAUUUCGACCGAUGUGAUAAAUGUGGACCUGAAGUAUUCUUUUCACCAUUCGAUAGUAGUAACGCUGUUUUCUAUCAUAUGAUUAGUGCAACUUCAGAAUGGAGAUUCGGACAUCAAAGUUCGCGAAGAAAAUCAAUCAACAAAGCUGUAAUGGGUUCUCCUUAUGGACCUGAUCAAAUAUUUAUAACAGCUGAUGUAAUGGCAUCAGUGAAUAAAGUUCGUAAAAUGGAAACAAUACCUUUCAGUGGUAAUUUGACGCGCCGAAGAGUAUGUGCAGAGAUCAAUGAUAUUUUUGAAUAG